GCAUGCAGAUCAUGUGGCUUAAUAGAAAUGCCUUGGAAUGGCGAGUCUAGUGUGUGCGACCAAUGCUUAGCACGCAACCAGGGGAGCGUUACGGCACACCGGGUCCAGCAGGGGUUUUCACAUAUAUCACCACUAAGUAGUCGAGUGACACAAACGCCGAUUGAAUUGAUGGAGGACAAAAUGUACAUAGGGGAUGUGCUGUCAAACAGAGAUCUACAGCAACUGCACUCUCAUAAUGUGACUGUCGUGAUAUAUUUCCAGACUGAGCCGUACAAUACGCCGCUUUAUACACAAGUGCAGCAGAUGGUGACCGCAUGCGGGAUGGAGUACAAUCCCGUUCCGAGCACCGCCGGCGUUUUCCAAAUGUAUGAAUACAUAAGUGAGAAAAUCACGAGAGGUCACAAGGUGGCAGUUUAUGGUGUGGGCCAAAACGACGAUCACGGAGCUGUGGUCCUCUUAGCGUUCCUGAUGGAAUUCGCAGGCCUUACAUUUCAUCUUGCAAGGGAACUACUCAGAGAGAAAGGCAUUCUGCAUCCCGAUGCUAUGAAUGGAGAUGCUACUGAAAGAGUAGACGAUUUAGCUGAUGCAUUUGCAAUGCUGUAAGUAUGUAUGCCAGAAAAUUUGCAGACGAAAUGUUGCAUUCCAGCGACUGUAUAAUGAUGAAUCAAUCAUGGUUCCAGACUUCCAGAAUCCAGACGAGUGAUUGCUGGUGCCAGACUGAAUAAAGUGAUUUCUGAUUCCAGCCUUCUCCAGGCUUCCAGCGCA